CACCGGCCGCCGCCUGCUACUAGGGGUUCGUAAAAUACGGUCGAUAUUGUUGUUCUUUUAUUGUUAUACGUAUAUUAUUAUAAUAAUAAUAAUGCGGCCCGCCAUCUGCAUCACCGCCUUGACGGCGGCAAAUGUCGAGUACAGCUGUGUGUGUGUGUGUGUGUGCCGCAAAAGUACUGCGCGCCGAAUGCUUUAUGCCGCUAUAAUAUUAUGUGCUUUACGGCCGUGCCGGUAGUCGAACGGCGCACGGCGCCUGAGUAAUUAUUGCCGUGCCGCCGUCAAUAAUUUGUUCCUAGGUUCAACUCCGUCGUGUUCAAUAAUAUAAUAUUGAUAGAUACACGCACACACGCACUCUAACUACAUUAUACAUUUUAACAUAUAAAUAUACCUAUUGUAUAUAUCUGUAUUGUACUCCCGAAGAGAUACAGAGAGACAAAAUGGCGUCAGAUUGAUGAUAGCGAUUUGCUUAAUAUAUAUUAUUAUAAUUUUUUUUUAAUUCUUUACUCUUCUAGCAACGAUAAGUGUUUAAAACUUAAAAAAAAUGAGUUCCAUCAAUCUGUGUAUCGUUAAUUAUUUUUUAGUGUAAUCGAACAAUUGUUUUCUCCCCGGCGCGUUUCGCGUUUCGUCCACCUAAAGAGUGCCAUGUAGUCCUUUAACGGUUUUUUAAGUGCGGUAUAAUUUUUUUUUCCAUUAUGUUUUAAUUGCAAUCCCUCCGGACUAUGUCAAUUGUUAUUGUUGUUAAUCAAACGGUUUUUUGAAAAUAUUUACAUUGAAUUAAAAGUUAUAUUUUGUUGUUGUUUUUUUGUUAAUUGUUGAGUGAUUUUAAAAAAUUUUACUCGCACACGGCAGCGGGCGUUGAUCGAAGAAAAUGAUGGCGUUUAACCACUAUGGGUACAGCAGUUUGAGAAACGAACAGUCUAACAAGCGGCUGAGAACCGACUACGAGAACCAGGACGCACGGACCAACAGUACCGGUUCGUCGUAUGAAGAUGGCCGUCGCAAGAACGCUGAGACGCAGCCAAACCACAUACUGCUUUUGACGGUCACCAAGGUGACGUAUCCCAUAAACACGGACGUCAUACACACAAUAUCAAAGGACUACGGCAAUGUGCUGCGCAUAGUGAUAUUUAGGAAGCGCGGCGUACAGGCGAUGGUCGAGUACGAAGAGGUGGAUCAGGCGAUGCGUGCCAAGCAGCUCAUGGACGGCGCUGACAUUUAUCAAGGGUGCUGCACGCUCAGAGUGGAGUACGCUAAGCCGUCAAAGCUAAACGUCUACAAGAACGACUCUGAAACAUGGGACUACACGACGCCCACUCCUGGAGAGAAAAAGUCCACGCCCUUGUUGCCGGAUCCACCAAGAGCGCCGUUGAUAUCGACUAGACCCACAUUCCCCAGGUUCGAUUAUGAGUGUAGGUCAGGUCUGUUGACGACACCCCACGAUUUACCCAACAAUAAUUAUGGGGACAGUUAUCCCACGUCUUCUGGACGUUGUGUGCUAAUGGUGUAUGGACUGGACCCGGACAAAGCCAAUUGUAAUCGACUGUUCAAUUUGUUUUGUCUGUACGGUAACGUGGUCAAAAUCAAGUUCUUGAAGAGCAAGGAAGGUUGUGCAAUGGUACAGAUGGACAACGAAAUGUCAGUCGAUAGAUGCAUGGAGAACUUAAAUAAGCUGACGCUCAUUAGCGGCAAUAUGUUGUCGUUACAAGUGUCCAAACAGGUAUAUCUAUCAGACAUCAUGGUACCGUACGAUCUGCCUGAUGGUUCUCCUUCGUUUAAAGACUAUUCCAAUUCGAAAAAUAACAGAUACCAUUCAAAUUCCAAUGGUAAAAACAGGCGUCAGACUCCGUCGAGUGUACUGCAUUACUUCAACGCACCACCAAACAUAUCAGAAGUAAAUUUGAGCCAGACCAUAACUGAAGCGCUGAAAGACUCAAACACUAAAAUAUCGGUGAAAAUGUUUCCCCCCAAAGGAUCCGAGGCCCGUAGCUCAUCAGGGCUCGUUGAGUUUUCAGAUAUAGCUACAGCCGUCGAAGUAAUCAUGGCCGUCAACCAUUGGCCUAUCAAAUGCGAGUCAUCCAAGUUUCCGUACUUACUAAGACUAUGCUUUUCAUCGCUGCCCAAAGGAAUAGGCAACGCAGAGUCUGCACAGUGACAUCACGCUGCUGCUUAAUUAACUACCGUAUCUCAUGUUUGUCAAUUAUUACAAUUUAGUGCAUAUUAUCAGGUUAAUUUUAUAUUUUAAAGAGACGUUGACUAUAUUAUAUUACACAUUUCCUAUUUAAAUAUUUGGAAGGACUAGGGUUAUAAUAAUUAACUUGUCACCCCUUCGAUUGCCUGCCAAAAGUUGAUUAUUUUUUAUUUAUUUGAUUACUUUUUCCUCUAAAUGUUUUUUUUAUGAUCUAGACUUGUCAAUUAUAAACAAAUUAUCCAUAUCUUUUAUAACCUAUUUUACCGUGUAGGAAUAAAUCAUUUUUUUUUCCUUAAGUUUUCGGUCUAAUUUUUUGUUUUAAUAAAUAUUCAAUGACGGGGUGAAUGGGUUGUGGGUCGAAACCAUAAUCUUACCAAUAUAAAAACUGUGGUCCUUAUAAAAAAAAAUGUUUUGAAACUAUAUAUUUUGUCACAAAAUGCUAAUGAAGCGUGCACAUUUUAAAACGAUACUGAAAUAUAUGAUUCCUAUUAUUAAUAUUAAUGUUAUAAAUUAAUUAUGGUAUUGGUUCUAUUUAUUUCAGGGGGAAUAAUUUCCCUCCAGAGAAUUAGCUUGAUAGUAGAUUGUUAUUAUACCAUAUAGAUAUAUAUAUAUAUAUGUAAUACCUAUUUAAUAAUGAAGUAAAGACGGUUCAUUUAUUAUAUUAUAGUUAAUUUGUUUUAUAGAGCUAGAACUAUAGUUGUUUUAUGUUUUAUAAUUUUUGCAACAAUUAUAAAU